AUGAUGGUUUUUCACGGCGAAUCGACGAUGAUUGUCGAGCAAGUGGAUUCGAAAUUGGAAAACCAAUCGUCAUCGCCAUGUUUUCAUCCGUCGUGUUCGCAUUGUGAUGUGAAUUAUUUGAAAACACUCAAUUCCGAGAUCAAUCAAAUAACAAACGACACUGACCUUUUCAAAUACUCUUCGUCGAUUCCAUUCGAAAAUCAACGUUUAAACUUCUAUCGAAUCAUCGACGAAUGGAGAUCCGAUCGCGUCGAACAUGUCUCCUUUAUAUAUCAAAAGAAAAAGAAUCAAGUCGACUUAAUUUGUUCACAAACAUCUCACGAGUACGAACUAUUUCGAAUAGAGCAGAAAAAUUUCUUGAAUGAACAUCUUUUCCUCCAUCCAAAAGCGCUCUAUCCUACAUUUAUUCCCAAUGAAAUCGACGAAUUGAAUCAAAAACUAUCCCUCACUCGACAUUUACUCGAUUAUUUCGUUCAACCCAAAUUAAACCAUCUGAAAACAUUUCUCAACAAACAGGAUCAUCACGAUGACGAAUACGUUAACUACGAGGAUGUCUUCAAACGUAAACCCAUCUAUGAAUAUCCCUUGUCCACAGAUAAUCUAGCAAUGGCAUCAUCUACUUCGCAUAUUCUAUUACGAGACGGAGCACAUUUGUCUUUGUAUAACGAAAAAGAAAAACUUCAUCAAUUAGAAAUUAAAGUUCAACAUCCUGGAGAUUUCAUUCGAGAUAUUUGCUGGUGUGAAUCAUUAGGAUAUUAUCUUGUUCUAACUCAAUAUCUUCUGUUUAUCUACGAUCCUGAUCAAUUUACUUUAACACUAGUUGACAAAAUCAAACCUAUUGAUCGAAAGAAGUUUUCCUCGCUAACUUGUUCAGAUAACAUUAUGUUUCUAGUCAAUAAGAAUGGAGAAUGUAUUGAACGAUGGUCCAUCGCAAAGAGUUUCAACUGGAAAUUAAUCAAGCGUUGGCCAGCGGAAGAGUUCUGCGGAGAUAAUUUUCGUCUAACAGCACGAAUACGAGCCAAUCAUGUAAUGUUAGCAAUUAAUAUAUGCGAUUUAAAUUUUGGUUAUCGUAUUUGUCUGUAUGAUUAUCACAUGCGAUUUAUCCGUCAAAUCAGUUCGGAUUACAAUUUACAUUUAUUAUCUUACAUGAACGGAAAUCAAUGGAUAGCAACAGAUUACAAAGAACGUUUUUAUACUUUCAAUGAUAAUGACGAAUGUAUUCAGACAGUUGUUGAAUACAAUGGUCAAGGAGAUUUGAUUCGGAAUAUUUGCCGAUUGGGUCUGAACUAUAUCGGUGUGAAACUGAAAAGUCGAUUGAAAAUUUAUCAAAUCUAA